AGCCGGCGACGUGAGGCGGUCCGCGGUCUCGCUGCCCCAAGAUCCUGGGAAAGCGAAAUGGAGGGUUCUGUGUCUAACCUAAUGGUCUGCAAUCUGGCCUACAGCGGGAAGCUGGAGGAGUUGAAGGAAAGGAUCCUGGCGGAUAAAUCCCUGGCUACUAGAACUGACCAGGACAGCAGGACUGCAUUGCAUUGGGCGUGCUCAGCCGGACAUACAGAAAUUGUUGAAUUCUUGCUGCAACUUGGAGUGCCAGUGAAUGAUAAAGAUGAUGCAGGUUGGUCUCCUCUUCAUAUCGCUGCUUCUGCUGGCCGGGAUGAGAUUGUAAAAGCCCUUCUGGGAAGAGGUGCUCAAGUGAAUGCUGUCAAUCAAAAUGGCUGUACUCCCCUACAUUAUGCAGCUUCCAAAAACAGGCAUGAGAUCACUGUCAUGUUACUGGAAGGCGGGGCUAAUCCAGACGCUAAGGACCAUUAUGAAGCUACAGCAUUGCACCGGGCGGCAGCCAAGGGUAACUUGAAGAUGAUUCAUAUCCUUCUGUACUACAAAGCAUCCACAAACAUCCAAGACAGUGAGGGUAACACUCCUCUACACUUAGCCUGUGACGAGGAGAGAGUGGAAGAAGCAAAACUGCUGGUGUCUCAUGGAGCAAGUAUUUACAUUGAGAAUAAAGAAGAAAAGACACCCCUGCAAGUAGCCAGAGGGGGUCUGGGUUUAGCACUCAAGAAAAUGGUGGAAGGUUAAGAAGCUUGGCAUUAUUCUUACUUUGUAUGUUUUGUGGCUGUCCCCAGUGUCCUGGAAACUAAUGUACUUAAGCACAAGACAUCAUCUAUGAAUAAUGACGUUUUUUUCACCUUCAAAGUCUUAGACAUGUUUUGAAUAUUGUUCCUGCUGAGGUAUUUGUUCUAAGCUUACAAUCUGCUUUCCAGACACUGAAUAACUGUUGAGAUUGUUCUAUUAUUGUAUAUUGUUCUCUAUUGAAUUUUGGUUAGUUUUGAGUGUUUCUGUGGCCAUUGUGAGUCUGCAGUACCCUCUCACGCACCCUCUGUCAGUCCACUCUGAGGCAGAAUAACUCCAGUAGCAUCAGGCCAGUUGUUCUGCCAAAUGUUUUUAGGUAGAUUCCAGAAUGUUCCUUCUGUACAGUUGAAACACAUCAUAACUUGUUUUUCAAGCUCACUCAGAGGCCUAUACCAAAUACAUUUCUGAUUUUUCAAUAGUACAUUUAAUUUAUUUUUUGUUACAGGAGGAAUACUUGUAUAUUUUAGAGGACCAAAUUUUCAGUCGGAAGGCCUGCUAUCCAAGUUUGUCAUUCAUAAACACUAAAAUAAUAAAAAAUGAUAGCCCAUGUACCCAUGUGUCUUAUUAAUGAGCUAUUAAUAUUUCCCUCCAUAAAAUGUGCUGUUUUUAAAAAUGAAGUUUUUAAGUACCUAUAUGAAGUCAUCCUGUAUUGAAAAGAAUGUCAAGCUUGUUAACAUGCUUUGUAACAAAAAUGUGUUUUGUAUUUCAAAAACAAAAAAUAAAAUGUUGAGAGAAUCUCCCAAUUUUUCUUUCAAAU